AUGUCCUGCAUGCAGCAUCGCAGUCAGAGCUGUUUAUUAUGGUUGGUCAUUGAUAUCGAUGCACCUCCCUUAUCCGGUAAAGUGGGAGUGACAUUAUACCGUAAAAGGCAGCUCGAAAACACACUUCUCGUUUUGUCCGAGCCCUCGCCCGUUGUACCAUCAAAACUCCGAGAUCUAAGUGGUAGUAGUGACGUACCUCAAUUCGUCGAGUUUUGA